GGAUCUGACUCUGUCUCCAAGAAAUGGGCUGCCCAGGGCUGGAAGGGCCAGAAUCCGUCCAACACGGCUGCCUCACCUGGGCCCAGGCAGUCAGGGACACAAAGCAGAGAGUAGCCACUGCAGGCAGAGUUGGGGUGCAGGGUGCUGCAUGCUGGGGUUGGGAAUGGGGAAUGCUGCCUAUGUCCCUGGGUGGGAGCAGGUGACAUGGGGGCUCAGCUGGUGCCACCUGGACAAACACUUGCCUUCCCAGUCGAGGAACAUGCCAGAGGUCUCUUUGGAUGUCUCCUUGAAGAGGCUGCCCAGAGCCACAGGGACGUCCUGCGCACUGUGCUCCACCAUCAUGUGUGUCUGCUGAAGGGGACAAGGACCUGGAUGACCACUGUGGCGCAGGGUGGGCACAGAGAGCAGAGGGGCAUUCGAGAUGCAGUCUCACCAGUGCCACGUGCCAUGGGACAGUCACUUCCAUAGUCCUCUUGGCCAUACCAGUUCCAGUGCAGGUCAGGGUGCCGUUGGCCUUCUUGCCCACCUGGGCACACUUCUGUCUCAUGUCCAGCCAGCUGUCAAUCAGCACAUCCAGGUUCUUCCCUACCCAGAACCUUCCAGCUGAUCUUCCUCAGCCACACAACACUGCACGGGGUUGUUGUGAUCCAAGUGCAAGACGUGGUGCUCAUCCUUGUGGAAUGUCAUGCAACUGGACUUGUUCUAUUGAUCCAGACUACCCAGAUCCCUCUGCAGAGCCUUCCUACCCUCAACUACUUUGACACUGUCACCUAACUUGGUGUUGUCUUUCAGCUUCCUCAGGGAUCUCUCCAUUCCCUCAUCCAUAUCACUGGCAGAAUGGUGAAACAAAGCUGGCCCCAAGACUGAGCCAUGGGGAACAGCACCAGUGCCUGGCAGCCAAACCCCAUUCAUUAGGACCCUUACAGUCUGGACAGCCUGGCUGUGUUUCAUCACUCGAUGGUCUCGUAAGAGACAUCUGAUGGCACUCAGGAUGGUCUGCCCUCUAAAAUUCCCUGUUUCCAAGCAGAAAAAGCACAAAGCACGUCAGCAUCAUCCCCAUCUGGGCCCUCGGCACAAAAGAGCUGGAGUUGGGCAGAGGUCGGCAUUGCAAAGCCAAUAGCCUUGAUGAAAAGCAGCACCUUUACUAUUGCUGUCACAGUGGAGUAAACAUAAUAAAGAUCACUGUGCCGUGCCCCUGCUCCUCAGCCUGACAAACAAAAGGAUAUUUCCCAAGAUUUCUGUCGUGACUUUUGUGCACUAAUUGCCCUCUGUGCACAUAUCUAGAUGAGUGUGAACACUGAGCAUUCGGCUGCUGAGAGCUUGGAAGGUGCAGUCAUGCCCCAACUCCUUGCAGCGCGCUAAGACAGAAAGCAUCUCUAUGUAAAAUACGGCGGCCAGAGGGCCUGUGGGACAGAAUACACCAGUGGGCCUUUCACCACAAUGAAAAAUACUGCUUUUGUUCACCUUCAAGCUCAGACUGUGCAAGAACGUCUCACCCUUCUCGAGCCGAGCCUUGGGGACAGCAGCACCUGUGACAAAACUCCAUUGCCACCCAGCAAGGCUGACUGUUCUCUUCUGGGUGUGUUCAUGCCAGGCUGGACUAUGACCCUGCUAAAGGCAUGCUUGUUUAGGAUUUUAUGGUCCAGCAUGAGGCCCCAGAGCAAAGUCAACAGUAUACCAUUACAGCUCUCAAACAAUGGAAAGGUUCAAAGCCAACAUGACACAGCAGAAACAGGAGAGAUGAAAGAGAUGCUUUUGGUUUUAUCUGGUUCUGAGGCACCCUGAACUUCUCUAUCGCACUGUGGGUGAUGAUGUAGAAAAAGAAAACCAUGGAAGACUAUUCUGUGAAAGGGCAGUGCAUUCGACUGCAAAUGGCAUAUAUCUGCUACCUCUGGCCAUGGAAAGAUAGUGAAAUUAGAGGAAAAGGCCAUGGGAAAGAAUUAUCUGGGUGUAGAAAGGCAGUCCUGCAGUUUGGGAGGUGUGCUGAGGCAGAGGGAAUGAACAGCACCCAGGGAGAGAUCAGCCUCAGACAGAACUCGUGGGGAGAGACAGCUGGAAGACUCAGGGGUUCAAAGUGGUGAUGAGCACAGAGCGAUGCUGCACCACGGAGCUGAAAGCAUGGCCUCAGUUGGCUAGCACAGCAGGAACAGACCAUAGCAUGAUGGUGCAGAAAGUUGUGUGGGGCCACGAGGAGGACGUGUCAUGAAAUAAAAGCAACAGACAGCGGAAAGGAAAGGGUAAAUGUGUUGUCCAGGUCACAAUGUCCACCUAAGUGAAUGAAAGGGGAGUGCUUAACAUGAUGAUAUUGUACCUGUGUGCAAAGUCUGGUGAACGGCAGCAGCAGAACUGAACAAACAAGUCAGCAGGGAAAUUUUCCCCCCAGGUCCAGAAGCGGAAUCUUUGGGUAUGGCCUGAUGGCAAACAUUGCAUGCCAGUCCUGUGCCACACAGGAGGCUGAUUUGUGUGCACUUCUGACAUCUGAGCUGGGCUGUGUCUCCUACUGAGAUGUGGUGGCUGGGUGUCCAAAAUUCAGCUCUCUCACAGCCGUGUGCAUGGAAAUGGUGUUUCAAGGCCACGACAGCAGAAGUUUUAAAAUGUUUUAUGUAAAAUUAUUUCUAACAGCUCUGGCCACAAACUGAUCACCACCAGUGAGGUAUUUAUCAGCAGUGGGAUCCACAUCUAGAUGAGGAGCACGUUGAUAUGACAAAACCCACUGAUCUGUCCUGUUCUGGAUUAAGAAGUACUGUGAUAGCCCAAGGCAGGCACAGGGAGAGCCUGGUGACAGCAGGCAAGGAGCAGAAGACACAAUUUUUCAUGGAGCCGGGCCAUAUUGCCUCAGGACAGUGCCCAAAUGUGGGCGCUGGCAAAUGGUAGUGGGAGAGGAGUGAGGCAGGCAGGACGACCAGCUCUGGUGGCUCCACAGUGAUCUUAAGACUGGCCUGACAUGCACAGGGGUCACCAGGAUGUACGCCUGGGCACAGCAGGGCUUUGGAGUAGUUCUGGCAGCCUGGCUGCAGGGAAGAUGCUCUGCUUAACACCACUGCCAAGACAACACAAUGGCAGAAGCCAACACGUCUGCACCGUACAGUGACUUCACCCCAUGUACAGUGACUUCAUCCCACAAUGACAGCUCAUCUGCCCAUCAGCCUGUGCUGUGGCUUUGGACUCAGUGCUCGGAAGAACAACUCUGCCAACGGAAGCAUUGGGGAUGGGGCAUUUGCUUGGAACAAAGGAGAGCACAGAACAUCAGUUUGUGGCCAUCUGAGCAACAGUCUGACUGAGACACGCAGGGAAAGGAAAAUGAGAUCAUCUCAGACUGGUCUAUGCAUGGCUACGAUGCGCAAAGCACUUCUGGCUUGUGAUGCUGAUGGAGCAGCUCAGUGGAAGUCCUGCAGAGCCACAGGGCAUCGUGUGUCCUUCCCACUUGCUGCUUCCACUCUCCUCACACACCACAACUUCUUCUGGACUGGGCUGCUGCUGGCAAUCGACUUAGGGGGUCAGGAACCAUCAGACAGCCAGUUUGGAAUUAAAAAAGCAAAGAGAUUUUUGUCCUUUAGUAAAGCUGGCUUCCAGCCAUGAGCUUUUACCUGGACAGUUCAGAGCAGGUGAGAUUGUACCCAGAACCAAGGGUUUGCGCAAGCUCUGUGUGGGUGGGGUGGAAGUUCAGCAUGCUAUAAGAAGCAUUCGGGCACCCAACAAACAACGUGAGCUGGAGCAGAGGCAGGAGAAGCAACAUGGGAGAGCUGCGUGUCCGCUCCGUUCUGGUGACUGGGGCCAACCGGGGAAUCGGCCUGGGGUUUGUGCAGCACCUGCUGGCAUUGCCAAACCCACCGGAGUGGGUCUUUGCAGGCUGCCGGGACCCCAAGGGACAGCGAGCACAGGUGAGGCUGGGCUGGGAUGCAGCUGAGGUGGGGGACAGCAGGGCUGCUGCAGGAGUGGGGAUGUGUGAAGGUCUCCACCAUGGAGCUGCAGCCCCAGACCUCAGGCACAGGAGAGCUGCAGUGGGAUGUCUCUUGCUGUCCAAAGAAACGUGCCCUCCCAAUAAAUUCCUCUGUGCAUGCUUCUCCUUCCCUUCCCCACAGGCAUUCCUGCCCCUGCUGAAGAAGGCAGCCCAGGGGAGCCCGGGCUCGGGGAUGAGCUGCAGCAAGGCAGCCAUUGUCAACAUUUCCAGUAAUGGGGGUUCAAUCAAAGAAGUGUAUUUAUGGGAAGGCAUUCAAGCUGCCUGUUAUCGCUGUAGCAAGGCUGCUCUGAACAUGCUCACCAGGUGCCAGUCCAUGGGGUACCGGGAACACGGCAUCUUCACUGUUGCUCUCCAUCCCGGAUGGGUGCAAACGGACUUGGGAAGUGAAGGAGGAGCCAAGCCCCCGCUGACGGUGGAUGCCAGCGUAGGAGGGAUGAUGAAGGUGCUCUCCAAGCUCUCCGAGAAGGACAGCGGGACCUUCCUGGACUGGGAAGGGAACGUUGUGGCCUGGUGAGGUGCUGGCCUGACCUCGUGCCUGGAUCCUGGCAGUGGCCCCUCUGCUGCUGCCCGACUUCUGCUACAUCCUCAAUAAACCCAUGUCUGAGAACAGCAAUGCUCUUGGCUCCAUCACAGGCCACAAUAAGCUCUGUGGAAUCACAUGGAGAGCAGCAGCUUCCCAGGCGUGUUCCACUCCGCAUUUGUGUGCA